AUAAAACAACGUCGUCCACGUGACGGCAGCAGCUCGGUUUCCGGCCGGAACUCGUCAUGUUUGCCUGGCGGAAGCGGAAGCUCCCUCCUUUCUUGUUUCUGCUCCGUAAAGAGACGCACACAGCAGAAGAUGGCUCCUCGUAAAGGGAAGGAAAAGAAGGAGGAGCAGGUCAUCAGCCUGGGUCCUCAGGUGGCCGAGGGCGAGAACGUCUUCGGCGUCUGCCACAUCUUCGCCUCCUUCAACGACACCUUCGUCCACGUCACCGAUCUCUCCGGGAAGGAAACCAUCUGCCGCGUGACCGGCGGGAUGAAGGUGAAGGCGGACAGGGACGAGUCGUCUCCGUACGCCGCCAUGUUGGCGGCUCAGGACGUCGCUCAGCGCUGCAAAGAACUAGGGAUCACUGCGCUGCACAUCAAGCUGAGGGCCACCGGGGGCAACAGGACGAAGACCCCUGGUCCUGGAGCUCAGUCUGCUCUCAGAGCUCUGGCUCGAUCUGGCAUGAAGAUCGGACGCAUCGAGGAUGUCACACCGAUCCCGUCAGACUCGACCAGGAGGAAGGGCGGUCGCCGCGGUCGCCGUCUGUAACUGAUCAGUGAUGUUGUUUAUUACAAUAAAAGGUUGAAAUCA